GAUAGUGCUUUUAUUCAAGGGUUGUUUCCAGAAUUCGAUUUCAUACUAAAUAAAGUUGAUGGAAUUGGUUCUAAGGUUUUAAGCAAUAAAAAAAUCAUAUUUAUUGAAGUAUCUGGAGGACUGGAGAAUGCUGUUCUAAAACACAUCAAAGGAGAUACUAAAAAACUCAUUAAGGAGGCUAUGUUUGGUUUGAUUUCUUUGCUUAGAGGAUACUUAGAUAAAAAUGCAGAAAAAGCAAGAAACAUAUAUGUAUAUAUGAUUAAGUUUGCUAUGUUACUGUUUUCUUUUGAUGAAGUUAAAAAAUUCAUAGAAGUCUUUGAACUAUUAUGUGCUUUAAUAGAUGGACUUAAAAAACAAACAAGAAAGCUAAAAAAAUUAAUACUUUUUGAUCCUAUUAGUAAUGUACCUACAAUUUAG